CUCCGCUCUUCUUUCUUUAUCAUAUCAGUGAGGAUUACAGCUUACAAACAAGGUCAUUCGUUCUUCUUCUCUGAGCCGCGGCGGCUGUGUUACUGUUUAAGUUGUAGAGAUUAAUGGGUUCUUCAUCUGAUGCUGCUGCAAUGGACGUUGAAGGAGGCAUGGGAGAUGAGAUUGACAACAUGUCUCUUAAUGACAUUCUCGCUGCUUCUAGACAACUCGGCGAUCAAUCCCGAAUACUCAAUGAUGAAUUAAGGAGAUUAACUCAUGAAAUAGAGACGAAUAAGGAGGAUAUCAAAGCUAAUAAGGAGAAGAUUAAGCUUAACAAACAGCUUCCUUACUUGGUUGCUAAUGUCGUUGAGAUCUUGGACUUGCCCCCAGAGGAAGACGAGGAGCAAGAUGGUGCCAAUGUUGACUUGAAUUCACAAAGGAAGGGGUUGUCUGUCGUUGUAAAAACAUCCACUCGUCAGACAAUCUUUCUGCCUGUUCCUGGACUUAUUGAUCCAACUGAAUUGAAACCUAGUGAUCUGGUUGGCGUUAACAAAGACAGCUAUCUGAUAUUUGAAAAACUUCCUUCUGAGUAUGACUCACGUGUAAAGGCUAUGGAGGUUGACGAAAAACCAACAGAAGACUACAAUGAUAUUGGGGGCCUUGAACUACAGAUUCAAGAACUUAAAGAGGCAAUUGUUUUGCCAAUUACUCAUGCAGACAGGUUUAAGAAAAUAGGAAUCAAACCACCCAAAGGAGUUCUAUUGUACGGACCUCCUGGAACAGGCAAGACACUGAUGGCCCGUGCAUGUGCAGCAGAAACCAAUGCCACUUUCUUGAAGCUAGCAGGUCCUCAAUUGGUUCAGAUGUUCAUUGGUGACGGAGCUAAACUUGUCCGUGAUGCGUUUAAUCUUGCAAAGGAGAAAGUCCCUUGCAUCAUCUUUAUCGAUGAGAUUGACGCAAUUGGAACUAAGCGAUUUGAUAGUGACGCCAAUGGAGAUAGGGAAGUACAGCGGACAAUGUUGGAACUGCUUAACCAACUUGAUGGUUUCGGCAGCAAUGACCAGAUAAAGGUCAUUGCGGCAACUAAUCGUACCGAUGUUUUGGACCCUGCCCUCAUGCGAUCAGGCCGUUUGGAUCGUAAAAUUGAGUUCCCUCAUCCUACUGAAGAAGCGAGAGCCAGAAUCAUGCAGAUCCACUCUAGGAAAAUGAAUGUACAUCCUGAUGUGAACUUUGAGGAGUUGGCUCGUUCUACUGACGACUUCAAUGGUGCACAGUUGAAAGCCGUUUGUGUCGAGGCUGGCAUGUUAGCUCUUCGCAGAGAUGCAACUGAGGUGAUCCACGAAGACUUCAAUGAAGGUAUCAUUCAAGUCCAGGCGAAGAAGAAAGCCAGCUUAAAUUACUAUGCAUAGACGUGCGUAAAUUGAUACCAGCACUAAUCGAAUGAUGACUAAAAAUACUUGGGCAGUGCUCUAGCUUUAUGGGUGGAUUCCCCUUUUGGAGUGUUGCUUAAACACUUGAAUUAGCAGCAUAUAGAUAGCUUUAAUGGGAUUUUAUAUAUCUUGUACAAAUUGAAGUAGCAGCAGAUAGCUUCUGUUAUCUUGGUAGGAGAAUCAUAGGCAGCAGCAGCUGGUUUAGUCUUUUUUGGUUUCUGCUGCUCUGACUGACCCCCCUGCACUGUAAUUAUCAAUGAUGGGCAUUAUUGAUUUCUUCCCUGGACCUUGAUGAAAUGGUCUUUUUUUGUUUAAA